AUGGCGGUGCCUCAUUAUGCCUACCUCAAGAUGAAGAUGCCAGGAACCAAGGGCAUCAUCACGAUCAGUGGAGACUAUGAGAAAUCGUCCGCCUGCGCUGCAGCCAGCAGCCGGCUCGCUGAGUCCCUUGUGAUUGCGGCAGAGAAGAAGCUCCUAGAAUGGGUGGUGGCCAUGGCCGGCAAGCAGCCGGACAUGUCCCCAGAAGUCAAAGAGUCAGAGACCCAGGGCUCCUUCAAGCCGGCCAAAGAAACAAAGAAAAUUCCCUUGGACCCUGAGCACCCAGAGAGGCAUUCUGUUAUAGGUACCAACCUUGACAGCAAAUAG